GGGAAGUGACAGGGUCCCAAGGGUGGGGGGGAUGUCCCCCUCCUCACUGCCACCUCCCCCCGACACACACCCCCCCACAGCAAGGCGGAGGCAGAGGCCAUGGAGAAGGAGCUGCUGGAGGAUUAUCGGUUCGGGCGGCAGCAGCUGAUCGAGAUCUGGGGACACGCCUGUGCCGUGGCCAUCACCAAGGCCUUCCCGCUGCCGUCGCUGCCCCGGAAGCAGCCCACGGUGCUGGUGGUGUGUGGCCCAGCACAGAACGGGGCCAUCGGGCUGGUGUGCGCCCGGCACCUGCGCAUCUUUGACUACGAGCCCACCAUCUUCUACCCCAAACGCUCCCCGGACCCCCUCUACAGGGAUUUCACGACGCAGUGUGAGAAGAUGGACAUCCCCUUCCUCGCCUUCCCGCUGCCGUCGCUGCCCCGGAAGCAGCCCACGGUGCUGGUGGUGUGUGGCCCAGCACAGAACGGGGCCAUCGGGCUGGUGUGCGCCCGGCACCUGCGCAUCUUUGACUACGAGCCCACCAUCUUCUACCCCAAACGCUCCCCGGACCCCCUCUACAGGGAUUUCACGACGCAGUUUUUUGCCCUCUCAGGGUGGGACGCGGAGGCUGGGGGCAGCGGUGGGAUCAGCCCCGACGUCCUGGUGUCCCUCUCUGCCCCCAAGGAGUGCGCCCGACGCUUCCUGGGCCGCCAGCACUUCGUGGCCGGGCGCUUCCUCCCCUACGACGUGCAGAAGAAGUUUGAGCUCAACCCCCCCGAGUACCCCGGCACCGAGUGCGUGGUGGCCCUGCGAGCCCCCCAGCAAUAAAGCACGUGGU